UCCGAACAGUCAAAAAGUGGUUUGGCAGAUUUCGAAAUGGUAAUUUCAACAUGGAGGAUCAACCCCGCUCUGGACGGCCUUCUGGCAUUGAUGAUAACAUUGUGCAUGCCUUAGUGGAAAGAAACCCAAGGAUUACAACUGAGAAUAUUGCUAAGAAGCUGAACAUCGAUAAUUCAACCGCUUUUCGUCAUUUAAAAAAGCUUGGAUACGUUUCCAAGCUUGAUACAUGGGUGCCGCAUCUCCUGACUGAAAGGAAUAAGCUAAACCGUAUGACUGUGGCUCUUUCUCUUCUCGAGCGUAACAAAAAAAAGCCUUUUUUAGAUCGAAUGGUAACAGGCGAUGAAAAGUGGAUUCUCUACAAAAACGUACAGCGAAAAAGGACAUGGAAAACAGCAGCUGAAGGAGCAGAACCCGUAGCAAAGGCUGGCUUGCAUCCGAUGAAGGUGUUGCUGUGUGUUUGGUGGGAUCGCAAGGGAAUUAUUUACUUUGAGCUGCUCCGACGCGGCGAAACAAUCACGGCGGACAAGUACUGUGAGCAACUAACUAGACUCGCUGCAGCUAUUCGAGAAAAACGUCCGAUUUUGGCCAAUCGAAAAGGCGUCAUCUUCCACCACGACAAUGCUAGGCCACACGUCGCUCAACAGACGCUGCGAAAACUGCAGGAGUUGCAAGGGGAAAUUCUGCAGCACCCGCAGCAACCGAUAUUCUCCAGAUAUUGCACAUCCUGCAUAACUAUCCGGGAACUUAGAGAAAAAUUUCUCUAA